GCAGAACGAUAAAAUGAACAGAAGAAAAAAAGAUGGCCGCCGGUAGACUGUCAUGAAGGGUCUGUGCGUCGCUCGUGCUCAUGGAAAUGGGACGUUGCGACAUCCAAGUGUCACUGUCGUGCUCACGAAGUGUCACAAAGUGUUUUUGAAGUGACGUGCGAUGUUUUGUGCCGCUUAAGCUCGGCGACCGAUUCUCCGAGAUGGCAUCCGACGGAAACCCUGUAAUCUCGCGACAAUGUUAAAUUGUUUUGAUCGGAUUGGCAAUGAUAGAAUGGAAUGGGUGGAAAUUAUAGAACCACGAACCAGAGAGCACAUGUAUGCCAAUCUUACGACUGGAGAAUGUGUAUGGGAUCCUCCACCUGGUGUACCAGUGAAAAAAACAGAUAACAAUCAGUGGUGGGAAUUAUUUGAUCAAAAUACUUCACGCUUUUAUUAUUAUAAUGCAACCUCCCAACAAACUGUGUGGCACCGUCCAAGCGAUUGUGAUAUCAUACCUUUAGCAAAGCUUCAAACAUUAAAACAGAAUACUGAGCCAGCGAGCAGCAGUGGAAUCAAUAUUCAGAAACCGACCGAGCCAAGAAAGAAAGAAUCUGUAUCAACCCAGACACAAACGCCUUCCGUUAGUCGAUCAACACGGUUUAGUCACCAAGAAAGUUCUAAUUUGUCUUCUUCGUUGCAAAGUGGUAGUGUAAAUAAAACACGAACAUCCGGUGUUGGCAUAGACCUUCAAACAUCUCCUCCUUCGCCGUCUCCGUCUUCAAGGCGUCAUCAUCAUCAUCAUCAUCAUCACAAUAAUAGGCAUCAUAGGCAUCAUGAAGUGCCCACAGUGCGUCGUCAACAUAAUCAUUCUCAGGACUCUGGACGUUCCAGCGACAGUUCCGUGUCUCACAGUCGAACGUCGUUGGAAUCGACCGGGUAUCGAUUGUUGGAUUCCCCGCACCGUCACCACCAACGUUCCGCUGCUCAAACGCCGACAAAUCAUGCACAAUCGUCGCCCAGACAGCACAGCGGCACGUUAGAGGCUAGACACAAAAGUGGAACUCUGGAGAGCGUAAAGAAUCAGAAGUCAGUGCCAUUGGGCGAGCCACCGCCAUUAGGUUUAUCACUUUCAACCAGUACACCUCUUUUUAAGAAGAAGACGUUCGUUGAUUCGCAGCGCGAGGGUAGAGCAGGGAAUUUAGAUUUGGAAAAGAAUAAAAAUGGUAGAGAAAGCAGUAGAGGUUCGUACGGUCCUGAGCCAAGCACUUCGCCAUAUCGUGAUUCGUUGAUGGAGUCUAGGAUAUUCAGGCAAGAAAUGCCUCCAUACCGUCCGCCAGAUGUUCAAUUGAGUCAUAGUUAUAAAUCGCAGGGUGAAAAGUAUGGCUCCCUGGUGGAAAGUAGUAACCGUUAUCAUAGAGAUAGAGAGAGAGAGAUUCAUCACAGAGAAAGAGUAAAUAGUUUGGACAAAACAAACACAUCAGCCUUUUAUCCAAGUUCCAUGCAUCCGCGUAAUAUGAAUAAACAAGAUAAUACUGGUAGUAUAGGAAGAAGGCAUCAUGGAUGCUCGGUGUCCCUUUCGGAGGCGAACGUUAGAGAUAUGUACGGCGGAAUGUUGACGGAAAGAAACGAACCGUCUAAGAGCCUUUUAAGGGGUACUGGUAUCUUGAGCAACGCGUCGAAACAAAGGAGCAUCGAGGUUGCAGAAAGGGAGAGGGAACGCGAACGCGACACAGAAAAAGAGUAUAGAAGAAACACGGCGUGUAAUAAUUCCUUGGAUUGCGGACCACAACCAUUGGCUCGCAGUUACAGUUUCGUGCAGCAGCAAAAGCAGCAACAAAAGUUGCAGCAUAUGCAUCUGCAUCAGCAGCAAUCAAGAAGGAGAGACAGAGACGACGAUUCCAUGCACGAGCGUUAUUUAAUAAGUCAAAGUCACGAGCAACCUAGACAAAGACUUAGCAGUAAUACUAGCAGUAGCAAUAGCAGUAACAGUAGUAGCAACAGUGCGGUGGGGGAAGAAACGGAAGGUCUUACGGAAGGGGACGACGGGAAAAAGAAAAAGAGUAAUGGUAAUCCGAGUCCGCCUCCGUCGCCGUUUUACGGAAAUCUGUUAUCCGACCCCGAUCACUUGUUGCCACUUCAACAUUAUAUUCUUCAACAAGCAAAACUCUCAGGUUGUUACAAGUUCGGAGAUCCUUUGUUGACGGAAGAAGGUGAUGAUUCCUUGGACGAAGAAGGCGGUAGAGGCGAGGGUAUCGGCGGUAGAGCCGACGACGAUUCCGACGAUCAGUUCGCGGACGACGAGGCAGCGAGCAACCAAGGUGAUUCUUCUAGCCAAGAAUACCUCGAAGAUCACUAUGCAGAUUUGGGUACUUACGAUACCGCGGGCUUAGCGACUUAUUACAAUACUGCUGACACACUGACGAGGCCGCAAGUACGACCCCCGUCGCCGCCUAGUAUCGUCGCGCAGACGGAGCCGCGGGACAGCGUGACGACCACGAGACAAACGACAAUUCCAGUGUCCACUAUUGGUUUUGUUCCCGCCAUCGGUAUCGGUAUCGGUAUCGGGGUCGACAACACCGACAUCGACGAGGCAAGGCGGAACGAUAGCGCGGGCGGCGGCGACAUCGAGAAAUACGCACAAGACAAUCUGAAUUUGAACUGCGGCCGACCGAAGGGUCUGAGACUGCUGUUUCGGAAAAAGUUCAGCGUACGGGACAUUCUCAGCUGGUCGAAGGAUCCUAUACCGCAACCUAUGCUCGUGGUGGUGGACGGUGAGAAAUUACUGAAGCGCGAGGCUUGUAAUCUGUUCAGGUUGGUGCAAGUGUACAUGGGCGACCGUAAGGCCAACCUGGGAAUGACGUUGGACAGCGUGGCCAUGGACAUUGUAAAUACUGCAUUUUCAAAGCCACCGUUGCGCGAUGAAUUGUACGUGCAGAUCUGCAGACAGACCACGGAGAAUCCGCGGAAAGAAAGUCUGCGCAGAGGUUGGGAGCUGAUGGCCGUGUGCCUGGCCUUCGUGCCACCCAGCGCCACGUUCGAGCCUUACCUCGAGGGAUACAUGAACAGACACCGUGAUCCCAAUUUCCAAUUCUCGGAAGUGGCCAAGUGGCCGAUUCACGUGCAAGUCAGUCAUUACGCGACCGUUGCCUGUCGACGUUUGCAACGAAUCGGGGCACACGGCAAACGACAACCUCGCAAGGCUACUAUAGAAGAUAUCGAUCAAGCGAGAAUUCAAAUUUUCCGAGCGUCCAUGUUCGGAGCAACGCUUGCGGAAGUAAUGGCUCUGCAAAGAGACAGAUUUCCUAACCGAGAGUUACCAUGGAUACAGACCACGUUGACGCGUCAGGUGUUGGCGUGCGGCGGUAUCCUAACCGAAGGUAUCUUCAGGGUAUCCGCGGACGCGGAUGAAGUGAGCGCUUUGAAAGCGUGUUUAGAUAGGUUCGAGGAUGGUACAAUUUCGGCAGCUUCUCAAGAUGCACACGCGCCUGCUUCUUUGUUGAAACUAUGGGUUCGAGAGCUCUACGAACCCCUGAUACCUGAUUCAUUUUACACGGAGUGCGUAUCUAUGAGACACGACGACGUCGAAGUUUCCGCGGCUAAUGUCGCCGCGCUUGUGGACCGACUACCUGAUCUGAACCGUCGAGUUCUGUGUCACCUGAUACGGUUUCUGCAGAUAUUCGCGAGACCAGAAGUGGUUGCACGCACUAAAAUGGACGCAAACAAUUUAGCAAUGGUGAUGGCGCCGAAUAUAUUGCGGUGCACCUCUCAGGAUCCCCGCGUGAUCUUGGAAAAUGCACGAAAAGAAAUGGCUUUUGUUCGUACUCUUAUCGAGUCGUUAGAAACUGCUUGGGUCGAUGAUCUUCACUGACCUAUUUUAUUGCGCUAGAAAGA